AUGCUGGGGCUGCUGCUGCUGCAGGUCUUUGCAAGCUGCCUCUGGCUGGGACACAGCGAGGUGGUGACGUCCUUCGAAAGUUGUCCUCAGUUCUUCUAUGCACAUCACUACCCAAAUGAUGUCCUGCACCCACAGAAUCCAGCCUGGAUCUGCCAGCACUACAGAAACCAGAAUCACUAUGCCACCCUCUAUGACAGACAGAAGAGAAUUCCAGUGUACUCUGCUUAUAUCUACCAGCCUGGAAAUGGGACCGAAUCUCCAGUGUCGUUUGUUGAGCCCCAGCUCAUCAGUCAAACUUAUGCUAAAAAAAUGGAUACAGAGGAGUCCGUUGAAGAUCAAUACAACAUCAAUUUAGAGCUAAUUAGCCAGAGUCAGGCUAUCAAAGAAGACUACAACAAACUCCAGGACCUUGAAUGUUGUCCCUUGAGUCCCAGUGGCCACCAAAGUGGCAACAGCAACAAGUGGGCUACUGCCACCCUCACCAACAUAGUGCCCCAGAACAGAGCUCUCAGACAAGGUUCCUGGAAACACUACGAGGAGACAACAAUGCCCCAGAAAACUCAGGGCUGUGACACCACCUAUGUCAUCACGGGUGCUGUACCUGGGAACAGCAGCAUUUCCAAUGGGAGGGUUAAUGUACCCAGCCACAUCUGGUCAGCUGCCUGCUGCCUGGUGGACACAAAUCCAACGAGGGCUUGGGGGGCCAUCGCUGAGAAUGACAAAGAUGAGGUGGAGCACCUCAUGCUGGGGGAGCUGGAGUCCUGGUUGGCUGAGCUCUAUGGGGGGAGAAUGGUUAAUCUGUUCAACAAUGCCUGUCCCCGUGAAUAA